GCCCGUUCCCGCAGGCUCCCGGCGCGGGUGAGCAAUGGAGAGGCCGGAGGAGAUUCCCACAUCCGGAACCGCACCUGGAAGAGGGAGAGCAUCUGCCGAGGGGAGCGUUUCUCCUUCCCGGAGGUGGAGCCCGAGGUCAUCUACGACGACGUUCCCUGCGAGGGGCUGGAGGCGGAGCCGGACGGGCCGGGGCCGAUCGGCGGGGACGGAGCGCAGCCGGAGCCGGAGCCGGAGCUGGGCUGGAGCUCCAGCGACUUCGAGAGCUACAGCGACGGAGAGUCCGGGGACGAAUCCCGGCGGGAAGCGGAGCCGGCCAAGCAGCGCGCGGCCUUCCAGCCCAAGGUAUCCCUUCUUUUGGAAUCUUCAGCCCCCCUUGGAACCCCCAUCCACCCCGGGAAUCCCCAUCCCUGCAGCCCAAGGUAUCCCUCCUUUGGAAUCCUCAUCCCGGCUUUUCCGUGGAGGAAACCGGAGCCCCCGCAGCUGCUGCUGCUGCCUUUUCCCUGGAAUUUCCUUCCUCCUUUCCUCCUUCCCUUGGGAUUUCCUCCCCCUGGAGCCUCUCCCUGCCUUUCCCCGCUCCUGCUGCAUUCCUGCUCCAUCCCGGCUGGAAUUUCGGGACGAUUCCCUGUUUUGAGCCUCUCCCUGCCUGUCCCCGCUCCAUCCCGGCCGGGAUUCCGGGCUGUGCCGCUCGGGGUGAUUCCUCCUGGGUUUGAGCCUUUCCCUGCUCCAUCCCGGCUGGAAUUUCGGGAUGAUUUCUCCCAUCUUUGAGCCUCUCCCCGCUCCCGCUGCAUUCCCCGCUCCAUCCCCGCUCCAUCCCUCUCCAUCCCCG